AUGUCUCGCCGUAAGCUCCGUCAGACGGCCGAAGAGACCCUCGCCCCGCCAGACUCUUUGACUCCCGGUCAACUAAUUGCCCGCGUCGUCCAGCUCCACGGCAAGGACCUGUAUACGGUGCAAACCCCAGACUCCUCCACCCUUCUCGUCGAACUCGAAAACCGUUUUCGGAACGCCAUUUUCGUCAAGCGGGGCGGAUACGUUCUGGUAGACACUUCUACCAGCGAUCGGUCGAACAAAAUACAGGGAGUCAUUGUGAACAUUGUUCGGGAUGAGAAAGCCUGGCGCAAGCAACCCUACUGGCCGUCCGAGUUCGUCAAGAAGACGGUAUCCGAGGACAGUGACGAGGAAGAAUCACUAGUAGGAAAGAUGCCGCCAUCAGAUAGUGAGGACGAGGAGGGCUGA